AUCUUAGUGAUCGGCUUUAUAUUUUUUUUACAAAGAUUUUUGUUUUAUUAAAGAAAUAACUAAUGAUUUGCAACACGUGGUCUGGUUAGAAUAAUUUCAAGGUUAUAUUUCUUACGAAUAUGUUAUUGUAUAUUUUCUUGUUGCCUAUAAACCGAGUUAUUAUCUACAACUUAAUUACUCUAAGCUAGAGCCAAGUGUACGAACGAUUUAGAGGUUUUGUAAAAUAAUAUACAAUUAUAAAAUAGAAUAAAAAUGGCAUCGAAUGAAAUCGCCGGAAAAGUCUCCGGAAGCUGUAUCACUAAACAAACUAGCAAAAGGGAAAAUUAUUUGGAUUGGGAUAACUAUUUUAUGGCCAUGGCUUUUCUAAGCGCGAAACGUAGCAAAGAUCCUGUUACUCAAGUCGGUGCGUGUAUAGUGAACGAAGAAAAGCAAAUUGUAAGUGUUGGAUAUAAUGGAAUGCCUACAGGUUGCAGUGAUGAUAUAUUCCCUUGGUCCAAAGAUUCUGUUGAUCCAUUAGAGAGAAAAACUUUCUAUGUAUGUCAUGCAGAAAUUAACGCCAUUUUAAACCGGAACUGUUAUAGUCUUAAAAACUGUAUCAUGUAUGUUUCUCUUUUUCCAUGCAAUGAAUGUGCCAAAGUAAUAAUACAAUCUGGAAUAAAAUUAAUUAAAUAUGUAUCAGAUAAGUAUGCAGAGAAGAAGAAAACUCAAGCUGCAAAAAGAAUGUUUGACGCGGCAGGUGUUAAAUACAGUAAAUAUUUUCCAACAUAUGAAAAGUUAAUAAUUGAUUUCACUGAAAUCGAUUCAACUGAAAGUAAGGAAAUAAGCAACGAAGAUGAAAUAGAAAUGAAACUAGAAAAAUUCAGCAUAGCAUAAAAAUUGUAUUGAAUUUUUUUUAACAUAACUGGGUAUUCUUUUACUCAAGAAUUGAUUGCCAUUAUUUACAUGCAAAACUAAAUUGAAAACAGAUAGAAAGAAAGAAUACCCUUCUUAUUUUAAAUUUUUUACAAGCCUAUUUUUAGCUUAAACAUCGUAUAAUAUUAUGGAAAAUAAAUAAAACAAUGUACAGAAAGCGAAAGAAUUUAGCAAUAAUACAGAGAUAUUAUGCUAUGUUAUCAAGGUGUAAUAUUGUCUGCAACAACAUUGCAAACAACAUACUGUACAAGUGUAAACAGUGACACGAUCAAAUAUGGCAUGAUAGAAAUAUGUAACAAGUAUAUAUCAUUUCUUUAUGAUAGAAUGAUAUUUUAUCAUUUCCAUGAUAAAAUAAUAUUUUAAUAUCUUUUUACAAAACGACUAAAGGAAGGGCAAUUGUUGAUACGUGAUACAAUUUUUUCAUGUUGACUUGUUAUUAAUGUAACAACAAACAAAAAUUGAACAUAGUUUUGAUAUAAUGAUACGUUUAUGUACAUACUAUACAUAUCCAUAUUUUUGUCUUUAAAAUAUUACUUCAUUUGCGUGUAGUCACAGCUAUAAUGGAGAAAAGUUAUAUAAAGAAAGUAAUUACACGUGAUGAUUGAAUUCAUCAUAUAGAAAAAUAUUUAAUAUUGUAAAAAUAUAUGGAUAUAAAAUGUAUUUUGUAUAUAAAUAAAGAUACUAAUAUCCUU